GUUUUUUUUGGUUUCUUUAUUCUAAAUUUCUCAUGGGAUCGCCAACGACCUCUUGAUUUUAGAGACGUUGGAGCUAGCAUAAACAUUUAUGCAACUCAAGAAUAUCGACAUGAAAAUCAGACCAUGAUAACAUUGGUAUAACUGCACAGUAUCCUAUGGUUGGAUGUUGGUAUGACUUCCCAAGCAAUUGUAACUGUCCUGUCCAGUCCUGUAUUCUAAAGCUGUUGUAACUGCCUUGUGUUCUAACAUUGGUGUAACUGUUCAAUGUUCUAACAUUGGCGUAAGAGCUCAGUAUUACAUCGUUGGUAUAGCUUCCCUGUAUUUAACGGUGGUAUAACUAUUCUCAUGUUCCAACUUUACCAUGACUGUCAAAUCUUCUAAAAUUGACACAACUGUCCUUUGUUCUAACAUUCGUAUGACUGUCCAACAUUCUAAGAUUGUAUAACUGAAAAUACUCUAAAGAAUCAUGAAGCUCCGAACGCUAAAGAUUCAACUUCAAAUCGCAUUGUUGUGAAAGAGUGACCAAAAUAAUAUGACUGCAUUAUUCAAUGGUAUACUUGUGUCGAGUCUUGAUUAGCGAAAUGAAACAAACCAUUUGACAUUCCUAACAUCGUUCCCAUGCCGUUAAAAUCCUGUCUUGGAUCGGAGGUCCUCUCUUCCCGACUCUUUCCACGUGAUUCUUGAGAGUAAAAUCGAAAGUCUUGCGCGUUCAUUGGGUAAUUCUUUGUGCGAAAAUCAACGUUCAUAUCACGAUCAUUUGGGCAAUUGAUUGGAUGAAUGUGGCCAUUAAAGUGCGAAUGUAUGACUCCUGAUUGGUCAUUAAUUCCUUGAAUCUCGUUCAAUGCUCGACAAUGUUGCUCAUUUACACGAUAACCUUCAAUUGCAACACGACGUUGAAAAGUCAUGAAAAAUCUUUCGGCUACGCUGCGAGAACUUCAAGAAUACGGAAUGAAUUUGAGAUGUUGUGAAUACUUGGAAAAAGAAGGGUUUGCUUCAGUUGUCAAGCUACAACAAAGGAAGUUAUUGAAGCUUGAAGUGAACUAUGCUGAACCCAAAGAAAUCAGCUCAGAUGAAAUUGAUGGUAAUGAAGACAAUGAUAACACUCAAUAUGAAGAAAGUUGUGAAAGGUCAAGCAGUAUCAAUCUGACGACAAUGACCUGCAUGAAAUGUCAGAGUACGAGAAACAGAGACUUGCCAACAUUAGAAAGAACAAAGAGUUAUUGGAUUCAUUGAAAAUUAACGAGGAAAUCAGCCAUCUGAGGGCUCGUAAACAGCCAACAAAGUUAAAGAGGCGCGUUAUGAAGAAAAAAGUUGUGGAACCAGUACGGCGUUCCCCCAGGAUCAGUCAAGAACGAGCCUCGAAUCAAUUUGAAAUGAUUACUCUGCCAGACUUAAGAAUUUAUCCAGCUGAUGAAGAAAGGAUAAAGGGUCCUGUCGAUGCAAACCCAAUAAACGAUGUUGGAGACGAUGCAAAUAAGAAAUUCAUGAAUUCCUUAGAAUUGCUUUCCAACGAAACUAAGAUGGCGACGAGCGUUGUUCCAGUUGAAGCAUCUUCCUCACAAAGUUACAAGCAGAGAAUAUCAAAAUUUUCUUUGACGUCUGAUCGAAUACGAAAAGUUGUUCCAAAAAAAAAUAACGACGAUGGCGUUUCAUCCAUGCUGUGAUAAAACAAAUGUAGCGGCUGGUGACAAUACUGGAAACAUUAGCAUUUGGAAUGUGGACGCAAGCAAGGAAGAUGAUGAUGUCAUCAUGUAUCGACCACACGCCGGUAACGUUCGACAAGUA